GAUGAAGUAGAUUGCCGCCGAAAAAGUAGGAGUCUUGAGUGAUUACCGCGUGUGUAAAAACUGUGUUUAUUAUUAUCCCUUUCUACUUCAAUUUAUGGCGAAGUGCGUAGUUGCCCGGAUACAAUUUUGUUAGAUCUAGUUCACUCGAGCAUAAUCUGCAGUUUAUGUACAUCGCGAAUUGGUGUUACGUAAAUAGUGUUGUGAAAGUAGAGACAGCAUCACCCCGGGGAAGAUGGUGGGGUCGCGUGUUUAUGUCGGUGGACUGCCUUUCGGCGUCCGAGACCGUGAUCUGGAGAAGUUCUUUAAAGGCUUUGGCAGAAUCAGAGAUAUCCUCAUCAAGAACGGUUACGGCUUUGUGGAAUUUGAAGACUACAGAGACGCAGACGAUGCAGUGUAUGAGUUAAAUGGCAAAGAGUUGCUAGGCGAAAGGGUGGUGGUGGAGCCGGCGCGAGGCAUCGACCGCAGCGCGGACCGGUACAGACGCGAACGCUACACCGAACGCGACCGCGGCCGCUCGCGAUACGAAUACGGGCCGCCGACGCGCACGGAGUACCGGCUAAUCGUCGAAAAUCUGUCUAGCCGCAUUAGCUGGCAGGACUUGAAGGAUUGUAUGCGUCAAGCUGGUGAAGUCACCUACGCUGACGCUCACAAACAACACAGAAAUGAAGGCGUGGUUGAAUUCGCCACCCAUUCUGACAUGCGCGCAGCUAUUGAGAAGCUAGAUGGUACAGAGUUGAACGGUCGUCGUAUACGCCUGGUGGAAGAUCGUCGCUCGUCGCGGCGUCGCACUCGAUCGUCGUCCAGUCGCUCGCGCAGCCGAUCGCGCGAUCGCCGUCGCAGCCGGUCCAGCAGAUCCCGUUCCAAGUCCCGCCCGAAGAGCAAGAGCCCUGCGGCUAAGUCGCGAUCCCGGUCUCGAUCCAAAGACCGCAGCCGGUCCAAGUCUCGAUCGCGCUCCGCCUCCCGUAGGUCGGAGCGCCGCUCCGCUUCCCGCCGCUCCGCUUCGCCCGUGGAGGACCGCAACGGACACCGCUCCGCUUCCAGGUCUAAAUCGCGCUCGCCGAAAGACGGCUCACGAGAGACGGCAACCAAGAGGGACAGAUCCCGUUCCCGCAGCAAGGAGGCGUCCCCCAAGCGUGAGGAGGAGCGCCGCGCCGCAAGCAAGUCCCGCUCCCGCUCACGUUCCCGCUCCCGCGACCGCUCCGCUUCCCGCGACCGAUCUGCUUCCCGCUCCCGCUCUCGCUCCGGAUCCCCGCGACAAAACGGAGACGGCAAAGACCGCGCGAGCACAGACCGCUCCCCGCGUAGCGGAGACUAAAGUUAAAAUUACACUUUUAAGACAUUUAGGCUAGGAUAGGACUUUGAUUUUAUGAACUUGACUUCUUCUUUUGUUUCGUGGACCUAAACGGCUUAUAGAGCGUUUCAACCAUGAAGAGGCGUCCCACCAUUCUUCCGCUAAUGUUUGAGUGUUAUCGGUACACGCUAAAUUAUCCAUAAGUGCACACGCACACUAAAAUAACGACGCUCGGAUUGCUCGGACCAAACUCCACGCACCCCGCGCUUCCCUCGACCAAAAAUUGGUGGGGCGCGUCUUCGUGGAUGAAACGAUCUACAGGGUGUUAGGUAAAUGGGUAUAUGAGUCGACACUAGCCCAUGUUAACAUGGGCAUAUAAAUGGUAUGGUGAAGUCAGAAAAUUGAUAUCAUCAUUAAUUUUUUUUAAAUUUUCAUACAAAAUAGAUUUUAUAAAAUCCGAUUUGUAUGAAAAUUAAAAUAAUUAAAUUUAAGAUAUCAAUUUUCUUUUAGAAAGAGUAGAAUACAUUUGUCACCAACCCCUACUCUUCCCGCGGGUGUCGUAAGAGGCGACUUAGGGACUACACAUCAAACAGAGAAUGGGCAGCAGCGCUCUCUGAAAAACAUCAAUCUUUUAAACUGCGAUCUCCAACCCGCCUGCCAAGCGUGGAGAUUAUGGCAAAACCCUCCACUAUAGUGGAGGAGGCUCAUAGUCCAGCAGUGGACUGUAAAGGGCUGUUGAUGAUGAUUGAUGAUGAUAUCAAUUUUCUGACUUCACCAUACCAUUUAUAUGCCCAUGUUAACAUGGGCUAGUGUCGGCUCAUAUAUCCAUUUACCAAACACCCUGUAUAGCCACUUUCAUUUCUCUUGUUCUUGGAUGACCGCUACGAUUCUUGAUCUCUUAGAUAUCUAAAUAAGCUCAUCCUGCAAUACUAGGUCUACGCUUUGUAGGUACGCGUUUAUUUGAUUGAAGUCACGAUUGUAAUAUAAGAUUUUUAAACGCACCGUUUUUUGGCAUCGGUCACGAGUAAUUUGUGUCGUCUUUACUAUUCACAGUAAUAUAGUUCGUAAACGUCGUGUAAGUGCGCUGAUUAACGAGUUAAGAUUUUAUUUUUAUAGUCUCUAAUUUAAAGUGACAGGGAACUUGUAAUGAUAACAUUGGUAACAUGGACUAAUUUUAAGAUCAAUAUAGUUUACCAUUCAAAUGCAUUUUUGUAAUAUUAUUGCAAUGGCAUACCAUUCACUCAUUUUGGUUGACUGCUGAUAUUUGACGACUAAAACAAAUUAAAGUACAUUUUACACUACCCAUGGUAUUAGGGUAUAAUUUGUGAAUUAAUUUCCUUUGAGAUAGGUAAGGUUAUAUGGUAUUUGUAAAUACUGAUUUUUGUUACUAAUAACCAAAUAAAUAAGUUAUAGGUACAA